UUCCUGUCGUAUCUGCCCGAGGCCGGACAGUAUUCCAGCUUCUUCCUCUAUUUAGGACAGGAGCGGUUCAGGGCAUGAUCACAGGGAUCCGAGGUCUGUGUAACGGACUCGGCCCGGCUCUGUUCGGAUUCAUAUUCUUCCUCUUCAAUGUGGAACUGAAGGAGCUGAGCCCCGUGGAGCCGAACCCCGUCACGCCAGACACUGAAGAGAAGUCUGUUAUUCCAGGUCCUCCAUUCCUGUUCGGAGCGUGUUUGGUUCUUCUGGCUCUGCUGGUAGCGGUGUUCAUUCCGGCUCAACACGCUCCGGCGGUGAAGACGUGCAACACGCGUGUGAUGAUGGAGCCUGCGAGCGGCGUCACGGAGAACGGAUCGGUUCCUGUGAGCGACGAAGACAACGAGCCUCUUUUACAGGACAGCAGUUUAUAAGCUGCUGGUUUGGGUUUUAUUCCAGCAGUGUGUCUGACAAAGCUUUUUACUGAAUGUCUAAACGUCUGUAUUUUUUUAUUUUUUUUAUCCUUUGAAAGAGAAUGUGCCUUCUCCACAGUUUGGCUUACACUGCGAAAAAUCAAGUUCUUCCGUAUUUUUCAGAACAAAUCUCUAAACAGAAGCAAAGUGACUUAAGAUAUAAACUAUGAAGUCUUGUUUUCUGGACAGUUUAUGCUUAGAACAAGAAUAAAUGUCUGCUAAUGAGUCAGAAAAAUAAUCUUGUUUUCCUUUUGGAUUUUUGGCAGCUAUUUGUUAAAGCAGUAACCCCCGUGAAGCCGUGGUUUACAGUGAAUUUAUAACAGCUAAGGACUUCUG